CCAAUGGCCUCAAUCUUCACAUCCUUCAUACUCUUCAUGCUACUGCUCAUCUUUGCAAUGUUUUGUCUCUAUGUCGUUCUUCCAAUUCUCUCUUUGCUCAUUUUUUACCUUAAAGAAUCGAUGAAUAAGUCCGGUGGGCCACCGAUCGCCGGCACCAUCUUCCACCAACUCAUGCACUUUGACACUCUUCUCGACUUUCAUCUAGACAUGCUUCACAAACAUGGUACGUUUAGGCUCAUCAAGCCUUCUUACAUCGAACUUUUUACCACUGAUCCUACCAUCAUUGAGCAUGUACUCAAAACCCGCUUUUCCAGUUACAGUAAGGGCCAAUAUAAUUAUGAAAUAGUUAGUGAUUUAUUUGGGGAUGGAAUUUUUGCUGUGGAUGGUGAAAAAUGGCGGCAUCAAAGAAAACUUGCCAGCUUUGAGUUUUCAACAAAAGUUCUCAGGGAAUUCAGCAGUGUUGUGUUUCGUUCUAAUGCCGCAAAAUUCUGCAAGACAAUCUCCGAUGCGGCUAGUUUUGGAAAGCAGAUAGAAAUGCAAGACCUUCUGAUGAAAUCUACUUUAGAUUCAAUCUUCAAAGUCGGGUUUGGUGUUGAGCUUGACACUCUCUCAGGAUGCAAUGAACAGGGGACUCUGUUUAGCAGAGCUUUUGAUGAUUCCAAUCACAUAGUUUUUCAUAGAUAUUCUGAUUUGUUUUGGAAGGUUAAGAGGUAUUUGAACAUUGGGAUGGAGGCUAGACUAAAGAAGAACCUUAAAGUGAUUGAUGACUUUGUGUUUCAGUUGAUUCAUGAGAAGAGAGAGCUCAUGAAAAGUGGAUUAGAGAGAGACAAAGAGGAUAUAUUGUCAAGAUUUAUAUUGGAGAGCGAAAGGGAUCCUGAGACGAUGACCGAUAAAUACUUGAGAGACAUAAUAUUGAAUUUCUUGAUAGCCGGAAAGGAUACAUCAGCGAAUACACUGACUUGGUUCUUCUACAUGCUCUGUAAGCAUCCCUUGGUUCAAGAGAAGAUUGCGGCGGAGAUCAAAGAAGCAAUGGGGGACGAAGGUUUGAAUGGAGACAUAAAGAGUUUCACAAGUAGUAGCCUCACUGAUCAAGUGCUUGACAAGAUGCAAUAUUUACAUGCAGCCCUAACUGAGACUCUUCGGCUUUACCCGGCUGUCCCUGUGGAUGCGAAGUGUGCCGAAGAAGACGAUGUUUUACCGAGUGGAUUGAAGAUGAAAAAGGGAGAUGGAAUAACUUACUUGAUUUAUGCCAUGGCAAGGAUGGUUGAUCUUUGGGGUGAUGAUGCGGAGGAGUUUCGACCGGAAAGGUGGCUAAAGAACGGAAAAUUUCAACCAGAAAGUCCAUUCAAAUUUGUGACCUUCAAUGCUGGACCAAGAAUAUGCCUAGGAAAGGAGUUUGCAUAUAGGCAGAUGAAGAUCUUGGCUGCAGUUGUUCUCAAUUUCUUCAAAUUUAAGCUUGGUGAUGAGUCUUAUGUGGCUAGAUAUAGAACCAUGUUCACUCUUCACAUGGAUAAGGGUCUUCCUCUAUUGGCCUUCCAUAGAUGAUGAUCGAACUAAGAAGUGUCUUUCUUUUGUUCCCUUAAUCACCGAGUCUCAUACUAUAACUUGGUUGUAUGAUCCAUUCUGAAUCUAUGAUCCAUAAUUAGGUGUUGUUUGAUGAAAAUACAUAGAUAGAGAUUGUACAUGAUAUGAUUGGUUGCUUUAAUAAAAUUGUGAU